ACACUGUGACGUGAAUCUCCUUGGAGAGUUUAAAUAACACGCAGCCACGGUUCGGGUUACGCACUCAAGAAGCUCCUGCCUACAAGUUUGUUGUUAGUUGGGAUUUUUUUUUUCUACGCUGAGCUUCAACCCGCAGCCAGGCAGACGUGAUGUUGGAUACGUUUGGCACGCACACCACCACGGUGACCGUGCCGAGUGCGGAGCUCCAGCUCAAAGUGUCGGACAAGAAGGUCAGCCUGAAGCAGGCAGUGACGGGGAUGGACAGCGGGAAGAAACUCCUGGAGAUAACGGGACCUGCUCUGUCAAAAAGGAGGUUCCUGGUGGGAUUAGACCUCAUCUGCCUCUUUCUCGCAUCGAUUCCUUUCUUCGUAUGCGAGCUGAAGGCAGUGAAGCCCUUCAAGAGGGGCUUCACAUGUGGAGACCCCAGCAUCGGCUACCCUUAUCUGACCCAAGAAGCCAUUUCAGAUAAGCUUCUUAUCGCAGGUGGAAUCGUCAUCACAGGCCUGGCAAUUGCGCUCGGGGAGUGCUUCCGGGUGUGCUUCCGCAGCGUGAGCUCCAAAUCGUUCGUGAAGAACCUGUACGUCUCCUGCCUGUACAAGGAGCUGGGCUCCUUCCUGUUCGGCUGCUGCGUCGGCCAGUCGCUCACCAACAUGGCCAAGCUCAGCAUCGGGCGGCUGCGGCCUCACUUCCUGGAAGUGUGCGGCGUCACAUAUGCGUCACUCAACUGCACGCUGGGAACGUACGUGCGUGCCACAGACGUGAAGUGUACCAAACCUGACCAACAAUUAGUGGAAGAGGCCAGGAAGUCCUUCUUCUCUGGUCAUGCUUCUUUUGCCAUGUACUCCCUGCUGUAUUUAGCGUUCUAUCUGCAGGCGCGGCUGACGUGGCGCGGCGCUCGGCUGCUGAGGCCGCUGCUGCAGUUCCUCCUGGUCGUCCUGGCGGUCUACACGGGUCUGACCCGCAUCUCGGACUACAGGCACCACCCGUCGGACGUGCUGACAGGAUACGUGCAGGGGGCUCUCACUGCGUACUGGGUGGCUUUCUACAUCUCGCCGAUGUUCAAAGGCCGUACGUCGGACCUGUCCGCAGUCGAGAAGCCGGACGGCCCCUCGUCUCCUCAGCAUACCGUCUGCUGAAAACCCCACGAGCCAGAGGAACGCCUGGCAAUUUCCUCUGAAAUCACAAGACAUACCUCUACGUUUUGACAGCAGAAAAAGACUUUCGGAGACAAUCUCUGCAGCUCAUAAAAAAGAGAGAGAGAGAGAGAAAAUCGAAGCUAUUGAGAGGAAGGAGACUGAAAAGUGUGUCUGUUAUGUAAACAGCCUGAGCCCUCGACCUUUUGCCCUUGUGACUGGUCACGCCCCUCCGACCUGAGACUGAAAACAGGAGCCACCAUAACUACGCACCACUUGUACAUGUGUAAAUAUUGUUAAAGCACAAAGGAUAACGUCAAGGCACAUUUCAUUUCAGUGUUAGUGUUAUUGCCACUUUGCAAUGAAUAGAACGUAAUAUAUUUUUUAUAAACACAGAUUGUAUUAUUUAACAGUUUUUACAUAAUUUUGUACACUGCUGCAUGUAAGCACUUGUUUUUUUCUUCUUCAUGUGUUUGGCCAGAUGUCGUAGGGUUUGUUGUGUCAUAAGAAAACGACUAAUAGACAUCCUAACAGAACAUAACUUACAGAAAAAAUACUGAAAUUAUCAGUAGAGGUCAUUUUUGAUGUAUACGCGUCAGUGUGCAGGCGCAGCUGACAUGAGGCCACCUAGAAGUAAAAUGUUUUAUAAAUAUGUUGUGUGUUUUGAUUCGUGAUUAUUUUCCUC